AUGGAUUCUCAAAUCAAGCAGCGCACAACCUCCGCUUCUGCACCCGACAACACCACCGCGACAAUGGCGAACAAAUCAGCGGCGAGAGGUGGGAGGAGGGAGAAGAGGAUGGCGAUGGCCAAGAGGGGCCUGCGGUCGCUGGCCGUGGCGGUGGGCCUCCCUCUCUCCCUCACCUUCCUCAGCAUCUACUUCCUCGACCGCGGCGGAGGCUACGGCCGCGGCAGCGGCGAGGGCGGCCGACACGUGGCGGCGUUCUGGUUCCCGCCGCUCUGGCUCGUCCACGCGACCUGCCUGACCGCGGCGCUCCUGAUGGGCCUGUCGGGGUGGCUGGUGUGGGCCGAGGGCGGGUUCCACAAGCAGCCCGCGGCCCUCUACACGUACGGGGCCCAGCUCGGGCUCAGCCUCGUGUGGGGGCCCGUGGUGUUCGGGCUCGGUGCGCCGUCGUUGGGGCUCGUCGUCUGCGUCGGGGUCCUGGGCGCGCUGGCCGGGUGUUACCGACACUUCAGGGGGAUCAACCCGAUCGCGGCCGACCUCGUCAAGCCGUGCUUCGCUUGGGCUGCCUUCCUCGCCGUCCUCAAUCUCAAGCUCGUUUCUUCCUGCGAGAAAGAUCAGUUGAUAUAG